AUGGUAGGAAUGUUGGCACCCUGUGAAGCACAAGUUCAGAGCAAGGCGCUGCACUUCAAUCCCAGCAGCAUGGAGUGCUUCCCUAAUCUUCCCAGCCCUCCUCCCAUUCACAGGGCCAGCCUGCCGCUCAGCCUAGCCUUCCACCCCCACAGCCACAUUGUUCCCCUGAUGCUGGACACGCCCAGCAGUGAAUGCAGCUUGGCCAGUCAGGAAAAUGGCUCCACGGAAUCCUUCUCUUACAGCGACCAGAAUCAAGGCUUCAGUUCACCAGCUUCCUGCCCUUGUCUGGAGCAGCUGGAGCCUGCAGACAACCUGGAGGCCACCUCCUGUCAGUACAGCAGCCAGGGGGGAAUCUAUCAGCUCUCCCAGUUGUGUCAGCAAGGUCACCUGGCCAGCAAUAUGUUCUCCAGUGACCACCUUCCUCCUCCAACACCCCUAGAGUCCCAUCCAGCUUUCCCUGACUUACCUGGCAACAGUGGAGCCAUAACCUACGGAGCCACACGAGGCUAUGUACAAAACCACGCAAGGGCACCAGUCAUGCCACAGCAGCCAAGUGACAAUUCAGAUAUCCCUGCCUAUCCAGCUGUGCCCUGGAGUGGUUCCUACAUGCAGGGAGCUCCUUUCUCCGAUCAGGACAGGUUGCAUUCUCAAAUGACUUUUUCUAGCAUGGCAGGAGGGCAGUACUUCACAGAGCCAUAUCUCCUUCAAGUGCCCAACAGAACAGUACUGGAAUUCAUGCCACAGACUGGAAGACAAAAGGGAGUGACACCACCAGAGCAAAGUUCCUAUCAGAGCUACCAAAAAGAGGCAGAGUUGGCAGCACUCGCUGAAAAAGAGGACUUAGAGAGGAGCAGCAAGAAAGGAGAGACUGAAACUGAAGAAGAAACUUAUGACUGAAGCAGCACUCCGAGAAAAAAAGGAAGAGGAAAUAUUGCUAUUUUAAACUCUGCAAAACAAGAGUCAAAAAGAGACAAGGAUAAUAUUAUUUGCAACAGAUACACUUUUAAAUUUAUUUUUUUGGUUGUAUUUUUUUUUUCUUGUUGCCAUGAUUAUUUUCUUGCUGAAGAAAGAAGCAGGGAUAAGGGAUAUUUCACUCAAUCAGAGUUCCUGCCCUGUCUUUUUUUUUUUUUUUUUUUUUUUUUUGCAAA